AUGGCGCUAGCAGAGCUGAUUGUCGCCAAAACAGCGCUCUCGGGAGCGUUGUUUCGCCCCGACCCGCGGCCAUGCUCGCGCGACGACAUCGACUCGAUGCAUAUCCUUCUCGCUGACACCAUCGCCGAGUGUUCGCCCCGCAAUGUCCAGAGAUGCAAGCAAUGGGCUCUCGCCAAUCUGGUCCCCUCGUCUGCCCGCAUUGCCCCCUUCUGCAAGUAUCUAAUCGCUCUCUCCAAGUCCUUCGGCGGCGAGAAGGACAGCGCGCUGGCCGAGCUCAAGGACAAAAAGCGCCUGCCGUCUGUGAGGCGCCGCCGUCUCCACAUUCUCUACAUCCUCAAUGACAUCCUCUACCACGUCAAGCAUCGCAACAACGACGAUGCCUUCGCCCAGAAGCUCGAGCCUACACUGCCUGCCCUCUUCAGGAGCGCAGCCGCCUUCACCAAUUGCCCAAAACACUUCAAAAAGCUGAACGAUCUGGUCUGCUUGUGGGAGGAAAAGGGCUAUUUCCCGCCCAGCACCGUGCAGCAGCUGCGGACUGCGAUCGAAGAAGGCCCGACGUCCAAGGAAGAUAACAAAAAUAGUGUCGAAGCCGACAAUUCAGCAGCGGUUCUGGCGAAGGCAGCCAAGUCUACACCGUGGGUCAUGCCGGCGAUGCAUGGUGACCCGUCGACACCAUGGUACGACCUGCCCGCGGGCAACUGGCUGCCGAUCCUGGAGCCAAACUCGACUCGUCCCAUGAACCCCGCCAUGAUCAAGCCCCUCGUGCUCUCACAAGGACCGGCCGACAAAAAGCUUGUUGAAGCAGUCAAGAAGCUUCUGGAUGACGUUGACAGAAUCUAUGGCUGCAAAGAGGUCAACCUUGACGAACCCCGUCCCAAUAUUGGGCCUCUCGGCGAGCCCGUUGAAAUUGACGAAGUUACGGGUGAAAUUAUCGGCGGCGAAACCUACUAUGGCUGGUCCCGUCCCUUUUGCGAGAAGAUGAAGCGCCGGCUUCGUGGCCAAUCUGGCUCUAACAGUGACGACGAUGUUCGUGGGAGGGCCCAGACGGUUCCCAUCGGCGGAGGAGCGUUAGCCGACAUGGACAACGGCACAGUAGACAUCGUUCUCGAUCGGCUUCACGAUCACUUUCACGACGACGAUCCAGAUCUCAUUCCGGGACUCGAGGCAGACCCUAUCGACAACGUAGCCGGAGCCGGAGCCGUAGCCGUAGCCAUAGCUACGAUUACAGUCGCAGAUAUCGGUCGCGCAGCCCCGAUUAUUCCAGUUCCCGCUCAAGAAAUCAAUCUCCACCCUCACAACACCGGUCUGGUCCAGGCAACACACCGCGCAAUGGCUACCAUCCUCCUCCCACGGGCGGUGCCCCUCCAGCAUAUCCAGCUGGCUCCUGGACUCAACCCCCAGCUGGACCACAACAACAACACCGACCUCCUUAUCCCCCUCCACCGUCACAAAUGCCCUUCCCAAUGCCGCCUAUCUCGCCGCCGCAAGCAAAUUUUGCUGCCCGGGGCUUCCCCAUUCCACCGCCGCACCCUUCCAAUUAUCAGGGUUCAUGGCCUCCUAUGCCGCCGCAGCCGAUCCCUCAAGGACCUUCAGGCCAGCAUCCUCAGAACUACUUCCAGGCCCCUCAAGGGGGCAACAAUGCUGGGAAUCCUGUGCCGCCGCUUCCUCCAUUCAUGGCAUCGGGUUGGCCGCCCCCGCCCCCACCCCCUCCGCCGGGCUCGUAUCAGCAGGGCCUUCCUCAUCCUCCGUCUGGUCCUGGGGGUUCAAGGGGGGGUUAUGGGAGAGGUUGGGGGAGUGAUUGUGUGUCAGUACCCGGAGGAGUUCAGCUCAAGUAGUUAA